AUGGACACUCAAUCAGCCACAGCUAAGAGAAAUAGAACCCAUGCUGUUUGUGUCCCAGCUCCAUUCCAAAGCCACAUAGGAGCAAUGCUAAAGCUAGCGAAGCUUCCAUAUACAGAAGACUCGAGCCAAGACAUCCUUGCUCUAACUGAUGCUCUCAGAAGAAACAUGUCUGCUUCAUUUUCCAACCUCAUCUUCAAUCUGAACUACACAGCAUCAACCUCAGAUGUUUCUCCAGUCACUUGCAUUUUCUCUGAUGGGUUCAUGUCAUUUGCCACCAAUGAAGCUGCUCAAGAAUUCAGCAUCCCUAUAAUACACUUGUGGACAAUCCCAGACUGCUCCUUCAUGGGAUCCAAACAACUGAGAAUGUCGCGCGCAAAUGCAGAUACUAGUUACUUAUCAAACGGCUAUUUGGAUACAGUACUUGACUGGAUUCCAGGAAUGAAGAACAACAAACUGGGGGAACUGCCCACUUUCCUUAGAGCCACGGAUCCUGAUGAUAUUUUGUUCAACUUUACGAUGGACGCUGCUGAGCGAGCAAAUACAGCUUCAGCAAUGAUCUUCCAUACCUUUGAUGCCCUUGAAUCGGCCGUGCUUAAUGAACCGUCAUCCAUGUAUCCUCAUCAGUUCUACCCCGAUAAUUCAUCGAAGAAACAGAAGGAAGGAGUAUACUUGCCAGCUGGUGCCCACAGGAGGCGGUUCAACCACUUGUCAAUCGGAGGGUUCUUAACGCACAGUGGAUGGAACUCUAUCAUAGAGAGCGUGUCUGCUGGAGUCCCCAUGAUUUGCUGGCCAUUUUUUGGGGACCAGAGGACAAACUGCACCAAUGCUUGCAGCAGAUGGGAGAUUGGUCUGGAGUUAUCAGGUGAUGUCAAGAGAGAGGAAAUGGAAAGGCUAGUGAGGGAAUUGAUGGAAGGAGAGAAGGGGAAACAAAUGAAGGCAAGAAUCAGAGUGGACGAGACUAGCACACGAGGCAACAUAUCCAAAUGGGUCAUCAUCCACAAACUUCGACAAGGUGCUGCGUGA